AUGUCCAACCACGUGAACCUACACGUGUCCAACCGUCUGAACCUACACCUGUCCAACCAUGUGAACCUACACCUGUCCAACCAUCUGAACCUACGCCUGUCCAACCGUCUGUACCUACACCUGUCCAACCAUGUGAACCUACACCUGUCCAACCGUCUGAACCUACACCUGUCCAACCGUCUGAACCUACACCUGUCCAACCGUCUGAACCUACACCUGUCCAACCAUCUGUACCUACGCCUGUCCAACCAUCUGAAUCUACACCUGUCCAACCAUGUGAACCUACGCCUGUCCAACCAUCUGAACCUACACCUGUCCAACCGUCUGAACCUACACCUGUCCAACCAUCUGUACCUACGCCUGUCCAACCAUCUGAAUCUACACCUGUCCAACCAUGUGAACCUACACCUGUCCAACCAUCUGAACCUACACGUGUCCAACCAUGUGAACCUACACCUGUCCAACCAUCUGAACCUACGCCUGUCCAACCGUCUGUACCUUCACCUGUCCAACCAUCUGAACCUACACCUGUCCAACCAUCUGAACCUACACGUGUCCAACCAUGUGAACCUACGCCUGUCCAACCAUCUGAACCUACGCCUGUCCAACCGUCUGUACCUUCACCUGUCCAACCAUCUGAACCUACGCCUGUCCAACCAUCUGAACCUACGCCUGUCCAACCGUCUGAACCUACACGUGUCUGUUUCUAGCUGCAUAUAUUCAACCAUCAAAUGCACCGCGUGGAUCUCCAUCAGACAGCCUGUGUGUGCUGAGUGCAUGUUUAAAAGUUCUCGUAUCGACGCAGGUGAAGUUCUUAGGAUCUGCACUUGUUUGAUAGGCAUUUAG